UACCAUUCUAGGGCGAUGUCUAUGUACUCAAGCAUGUCUAAAGAUGCUAUUGCAACUGCGAAUGCAACUUUUCAUGGUAAGCAAAGUAUAGGACCAAAGAGAAUUUUAUUCUAUACAGCGUGGUUUGAUAUGAGUCCAUGGCCUAACGUUGACGAAGCUCUUAGGCUGCCAUGUUCUCACAAAUGCUUGACAACUYACAACAAGAAGGAGUUGCACUUGAGCGAUGCAGUCGUCUUUCAUGAAAGAGACCUCAGCUACGAUCAGUUAAAGCGAGUAAGUCGAAGUCCACACCAGAGAUGGGUCUAUUAUGCGCAUGAAUCUCCACAAGUGAGUCGCACUGAUGCCACUGUAUUUAACGGACUUUUCAAUUGGACUUCUUCGUACAAAUUUGACUCGGAUAUAGUUCACCAUUAUGGCUAUUACAGCGCUUUAGAAUUAAAAAGAAACAAUAGUAAUAACAUCAACUAUGCCAAGGGAAAGGACAAGCUCAUCGCUUGGGCAGUGAGCCACUGUGGAGCUGGUGUUAGGGAUAAAAUUGUUCAUAAGAUCUUGCAGUUUCUUARUGUUACUGUUAUAGGGAAAUGCAGCCAUCUAUUCAAUCAAGUAAGUCCAGAAGUUUGCAAAAGAGGAUCAACAAAAUGUGGGCCUUAUAUGAAAAGAUUCAAGUUCUACCUUUCCUUUGAAAAUGCACUGUGUAUCGACUACGUAACUGAAAAAUAUUGGAGGACUCCAUUUGAAAACAACAUGAUUCCCAUAGUUUUAGGAGGGUCUAAUUAUGAUGAUGCUAAGGUGGCUAUUCCUGGAUCCUAUAUUAACAUCCUGGAUUUCCCGAGUAUCAGAGCUUUCUCUGAUUACAUCAAGUACUUGGAUAAAAAUGACACUGCUUACAACGAAUAUUUUAGCUGGAAGACAAAGUUYAAGUUGGAUAGGGUUGCGACAGAUCGGUGGCUGUGUAGACUAUGUGUUAAUCUUUAUAAUGAUUCGCUUCCAAGGAAAGUUUACAAAGAUUUAGGAUCCUUCCAUGGAAUCCAGAAAAAUUGUCACCGAUAUAAAGAGAAAGUUCAAAGUCUGCUACUGUGAUCUCGGACUGAUCUGAGAGGACUUUUUUCCAUUCAUGUCUUAUGGUGACUCCACAUAGAGUAUUCGAAGCACCGAACCGUUAAAAUAAUUUUAAGUGUUUAAAUCUAUAGAAUUAGUUUGGAAUAUUUCAUCUUUCCCAUCYUUUGGUGAAGGUUUUAGGCAAAUAUCUGUAAGACGCCCAAUUUGCGAUUUGAAGUAAAAUAGCACGCAAAAAUAAAUACUUCGAGGACAUCGAGGGCUGCAGUCACGACACUGAAUCAAACAUGCCUACCCAUCCCUGUUUUUGUCUGUUGCGUUAAGAGUCAUUGUCUUGAGAAAACCAGACAGUGUCAA